AAUCUGAGCACCUAGUCCAGCUUGGCAACUUGGCCGGACCCGACCCCCUGAGGGCAGCAGCCUAGCGGUUACCCAGAUCUACGUGGUCACUCGGCAAUCUCGGGCGCAGACUGGUUCUGCACAGCCCAGUUACCCGGGAAAGGGCCGCUACUCUUCACUUUGAAAAAAGAUUCUGUCCAGAGGUGCCAGGAAGACUAGCCUCAACUUGUUGAUCAUUUUCCUUCUUGGCCUUUGAAUACCAUGGCCAGCUCAAGAACCAGAAAAGUACUUAAAGAAGUCAGAGCACAGGAUGAGAACAAUGUUUGCUUUGAGUGUGGUGCAUUCAAUCCUCAAUGGGUCAGCGUGACUUAUGGCAUCUGGAUCUGCCUGGAAUGCUCUGGGAGACACCGUGGGCUUGGGGUGCACCUCAGCUUUGUACACUCUGUUACAAUGGACAAAUGGAAGGACAUCGAGCUUGAGAAGAUGAAGGUUGGUGGGAAUGCUAAAUUCCGAGAAUUCCUGGAGGCACAAGAGGACUGUAAGCCUAACUGGUCCCUGCAGGACAAGUGCAGCAGCAGAGACCCAGCACUCUUUAGGGAUAAGGUGGCUACCUUGGCAGAAGGUAGAGAGUGGUCUCUGGAGUCAUCGCCUGCACAGAACUGGACCCCACCUCAGCCCAAGAUGCUGCAGUCCACUGCUCACCGGUAGCUCCUCUGAC